GACUGUGUGCGCAUAGUCUGCCUAGUUUGAAAAGCCAUUUCAACAUACUAGUCAAAAGAAACUGGUACUUAUUUUUUACAUUUUUACGGGGCAACUUUUUCAGUUUUACUUUUUAAAGUUGGUUAGAUACUAGUAAUUACUCCAAAAAUAUUACAUUACUAGUGUUUUUUAACAUUGAACUCUAUGGGGUACUGCUGUUCAGUUAUGGGAAGACAAAUCCACCAUGAACUUCAACCAGGAAGAUGGAAAAUUUGAGUUUGAUGAACGCCACAACACUGAAUACCAUCAUUAACCUCACCACCAGCUCCUCCACUCCAAACCACUCUUAUUCUCCUGAAAUCUGCUUCCUCCUGGUUGCUAUGGCCAUGGGUCUACCCGGAAACAUUCUAGUAAUUCGGACCAUCCUGUUCCGCCUUCGUCGCCGUUCCAUCACGUCCCACCUCAUCCUCCAGCUGGCGGUCGCUGACACGCUAGUGCUGCUCACGGCGCCUCUUUUUCUUUGUCAGCUCUUCAGGGGCGGGGUCUGGGAGUUCGGAACGGCUCUUUGCAAGCUCCUGCACUACAUAUGCGGCAUAAAUAUGUACCUCAGCAUCCUGUUGGUCACUCUGAUGAGCAUUGACCGCCACCUGGGUGUGGUCCAGCCCUUCCUCUCUAUGCGUGUCCGCACCAAGUCUAGGCUCUGGCCCACCAUGGUCGUAGCGUGGGCGUUGGCUGUGCUACUGCCUACACCGUUGCUUGCAUACCGACAGGUCAAAAAUGGGAUGUGUAGGACGUAUUACCCCACCAUUGCGCACAAGGUGAGUCACCAUUUGAUGGAGACCAUUGUUGGGUUCCUGGUCCCCUUCGGCAUCAUGACUGUCUGCUACAUACGACUAGCUCGCGUGUUAGCACCUAACCGUGCACGCUGGCGGCACCCAUCCUACAGCAAGACCAACCGCCUUGUUACCCUGAUAAUUGCUACCUUUGCCCUCAUCUGGACUCCAUACCACAUGGUCAACUUGCUGAAGGUGUGGAUUGUCCUAAACAGGCCAUCCACGAAACUGGACAACUUCUGUCUGAGAGCCAGCACGAUUGUCAUAGCACUAGUUUUUCUUUCCAACGCGGUCAACCCUCUGCUGUAUACCCUGACGGGCUCAUGCUCCUCCCACAGUAACUCCGCCUCCUCUCCUGGGAGAUUAAAAGAUGUGGAUGUGUUUCUGGAGAGGCAGGCCUCCAAGGCCGGCAGAAGAACAAACUGUGACGAUAGAGAGAACGAGGAGAAGAAAUAUGGAGAUGGCAGAGAACCGAUUGGAGCAGCAGAAGAAACGACAACGGUUCUAGUGAAAAGAGAGGAGGAUAAACAGAUGACAACAGCUCUAGGUAAAACAGAGGGAGAUGAUGAAGAGUGAAAAUAAUGCCCAAAAUAUUACUCAACAUUCUGAAGGAUCUGCAUGCUUUGCACGAUAUGUCUCUUUUGUGAUCUGUGUUGUGGUGAUCUUAAUCAAUAAAUGGCAGCUGUAUUGUG